UAUACUACAGAUGUGCAUGGAAGUUUGUUUGAAAACUUGUUGAAAUGAAAUCGAGGGACGUUUCGGGAGUGGUUUUCGAAAUUUCUAUUAAAUAUUACGAUAGACUUUUCAGAAUAUUUUUCGUGCCCGUUAGCGCGUGAUCUGUUGGACAUGGAGGACGUAGAACAUUUUAUAAAGGUUAUGCAGCAGAAAAGGCUCGCUAAACAACGCGAAUUGGACCGUCUUGACACGGAGACCAACGAGUACGAGAAGUUGCUGAAGGAAUUGCAAGACUUGAGAAAGGACAGGGAACAAUGCAAGGAGAACAUUGCAAAACAUUUCAGUACGAUUACGUCGCACAAGCAUUCUAUACAAAAAAUGGUAAACACUACGAAUGACGUCUCAGGCUUGCCUGUGCCACACGAUUUUGCAGAAAACGUGGCGACAAUGUUCACCGAUGCGAUUCAAUUAUUGAAUAACGUAGGAGAUCUUCACAAAGCUCUCACUAACGAUAAGGAGGAUAACGUGGAUCCUUUAAAGUUGAUUCAAGCUGUGACAACGUGCACAGAAGCUGUAGGAAGCAAAUUAUAUCAAACAAGAUGCAGUAUUGCUCAGCUGGAAACCUUGAAAGAAAAUGUAGUAACGCUCCAAGAAUAUAUCUUGGAUAAUAACGAUAAUAUUGAAGAUGAGAGUACAAGUUUAACUGUUGGUGAUUCAACGGAUAGCGUCAAUGCAAAACUUCAUGGCAGUCAUGUAUAUUGAAUAUUAUCUAAUUGAUCGUCCAGGUUCAACUUCAACAUUACUAAUUGAGGAUCAACGACUUCCUGAAAAACAAUUGUGUAUAAAUAUAUAAAACAAUUGUGUAAAAAUAUAUAUAUAUAUAUAUAUGUAAAAUA